GGACUCGGAAAUUCGAAUCGAAAAUGGCGGCCGCUGCCUCACCAGAGCAUGUUUUUUUCAGCCCAACGUGCACACAUGCUGAUCGACAAAGAUGGAUUUGCAUUUAUCCAACGUACAUAAACUCAAAGAGAACGUUGGCAGAAGGCAGGAAAAUCAGUAAAGAUAAAUGUGUAGACAACCCUCUGUAUUCAGAAAUCAAAGAUGUCUGUUCAACAUUAGGCCUGCCAAUGGGAGUGGAAAAUAAGGUCCAUCCAAGAGAGAGAGAUGUUAAAGAUCCAAAAUUUAUCGGACGAAUUCGAGUUCAACUAAAAAAUAACGAUGGAACUCCGCUAAAAGAAGAGUUCAAAACUAGAGAAGAUUUAUAUUUAUAUGUAGCCAGCAAAAUUCCUCUCUUGAAAGGUAGAGCCUCAGGAUCAUCUCAAAAUCAACAAGCUCAACCUAUCUACACCGGCAGCCGCUUAUUCUUACACAUCUUCUUGAAAAUUGUAGCUAUGACUGAUCCAGUAGGACUAACUGAUGAGGAAGUUAACAAAUUUUGCUCCGAACCUGAUUCUAGCACGAAGGAUUUUUUCUUUCAACAAACGAUGUUGAGAAUUAAGGAUCCUAGAAAAUCAUUGGAUUUUUAUACAAGGAUACUUGGUAUGAGACUGCUGCAAAAGUUCGAUUUUCCUGCCAUGAAAUUUUCCUUAUAUUUUAUGGCUUACGAAUCAGCGGAAAAUAUUCCAACAGAUAAUAUUGAAAGGCUGAGAAAAACGUUCUCUACUAAAGCUACCCUUGAAUUAACACAUAACUGGGGUACUGAAGAUGAAGAAGAUCCGGUUUAUCACAAUGGUAAUUCGGAACCAAGAGGUUUUGGACAUAUUGGAAUAGUUGUACCAGAUGUUGAAACUGCUAGCGAACGCUUUGAAAAACUUGGCGUAGAAUUUGUUAAGAAACCGAAUGACGGUAAAAUGAAGGGAUUAGCAUUCAUUAAGGAUCCGGAUGGAUAUUGGAUUGAAGUGUUAAGCCCAGCCAAUAUGGUUGGCAUAGCAAAGCCUAAUGAAUAA